AAAUUUUCUCUCUGGGUUAAUGGUGAAUGUAUAAUCUUUCUGACAAAAGUUUCACCUACGUUUUUCGGAAUCAUAGGUUUCUAUGAUUAUUUUUUUGCAUUGAAUGUAGAUUCUAUAGUAGAAAGAGCGAUCCUUAGUUCCUCACCCUCGCAUGUUUCAAUUGUGAGUGCUCGUUCUCAAUUAAUUUCCAUAACCACACAAUAGUUAGCCUUCAUACUUUGACUGGAUAGUCUACAGUCGUCGAAGAGUAUUUGCUGUGAGUUUGAAGUCGAAUUGAUGUUCCUAGAAUGAGUUAUGAAUUUUUCUUGGAAAGGACCUCACAUCUCAGAACCUCAUUUCUAGAGACCUCGAUCGUAAAAUAGCUGUCUUUCAGUAACCAUUAAUAGCUAUCACUCUAAAUUCAUAUCGUAGAUAGAGGAGAAUCAGGACUACAUUUUGAUAAAAAGAAAAAGUUUUCAUGUCUCUGGGAACAGGAGUUAUUAGCAUUUUGCGGAAAAGAAGUAAAACGCUUAUAUCUCACGAACCAGCUAGUAAAACAUGCCCGAACUUGGUGGAUGAUCAGCAUUCGUUAAGAGCUAUGAUCACACAAAAUUAGAAGUCCCUAGCUAUCAUGGCUCUUGAGUUAUAGGGGAUCCGCUACUUUUGCGGAGUACUGUAAAACUAUUUAAUAGGACAGUUCGUAAUGACUAUCGAUUCAAAAUAGUUUCAAUGUUUAUGACAAACAGAGAGGGACAAAUAUGUGUUUUCGUGAAUCGAUGAAAUCGGCUAGGACACAUCUUUUCGCAAGCGAAAGAAAUACAGAAUCCUUUUCAAAGUAAAGUUCUGUAAGAAUCAUUGACAGUCUGUUCCUUUUAAAAUUAAGACCCAUUUCUAUAAAAUUCACGAGAAACGCAUUAUGCUUAUAUCUAGCACCUUCAGAAUAUGAUUUAUUUUGUCUUACUACAUGUGGCCAUUGAAUAGAUUAUAUUCCUUACAGUGGUUACAGAGUUACAGAGGACUCGCUACUUUCGAGUACUGUAGUUUCUUUAUAUAGUCUAUAGUUUCUAUAUGUUUUCUUUCAGGUGAAGUACAGCCAUGGGCUGUUGUUAUAGACGAUGAUCAGUCUAUUCUUCAUUCAAAAUUUUCACAUGGUACAACUAAAUUAGCUACACUUUCACGCGAAAAAGUAGACGAAUUAAAAGAAAAAUUAAAAAGUGAACUAGACGACUCACAAGUACCACCAGUAUUGCCUCAGUCAGUAGAGAAACAUAAAGAUUUCGACGAAAACUGA